AUGGCCGGUUUGAAGGCUCUUGGCUACGAGUUCGAUGACGAUGAGUUUCAUGCUUUCGUUCAUGGAAGAUUGCCUUAUGAAACACUGAAGCCUGAUCCGGUGCUAAAGAACCUUCUACUGUCCAUGCCACAGCGUAAAAUAAUCUUCACAAAUGCUGAUAAGGCGCAUGCAGCUGAAGUUCUCGAAAGGUUGGGUUUGGAAGAUUGUUUUGAAGGCGUCAUAUGCUUUGAAACCCUUAAUCCCCCUCUAGAAACUGCAACUUACAUGGAUGAAUUAGAUAAUGGAGCAGUGACUGCAGGAGGUGAACCAGAGCCUAGAGACUUCGAUGGUGCUGCCACUGGAAAUGUCAGCUCCAAGUCACGAAUCCUCUGUAAACCCUCUCUGGAGGCCAUUCAAGCAGCUAUUCAGAUUGCAAAUGUGGACCCAGAACAGACAAUCUUCUUCGACGACAGUGCUCGAAACAUUGCAAGCGGGAAAGCAGCAGGACUUCAUACAGUUAUUGUAGGGAGCUCGGCCCUUGUACCAGGAGCAGACCAUGCCUUGAGAAGCAUCCACAAUAUCAAAGAAGCAAUACCUGAAAUUUGGAAGGAUGAAGGAGAGCAGAUGGAGCAAGUUAUCCAAUCCACUACAGUUGAAACAGUGGUCCUUGCUUAG